AUGUCCCGCCGAGUACCUUCCGGCGUCGGUCUCCAACGACCGGGCAGCCGUGCGCCGUCACUCGCCCCAACCUCGUCGAGGUACAGCCGCGCUGCUGCCAAUGCGCCAGACGCUGGACCCAGCAGUCGCCGCGUAACGUCCGUGCUGCCCUCUGCAGGCGCAUUACGAGUCCCUACCGAGGUCCACGAGUCCAACAUCCAUGUCGUGGUGCGAUGCCGCGGCCGCUCGCCGCAGGAGAUCGCAGAGGCGAGCCCCGUAAUCGCUACCACUGGCGGGCCGCUCAGCAAAGCGAUUACGGUCGAGACGGGUGCCGCGGGAGUCUCUACUCUGGCGGUCAUGCCGACGGAUCAGCCAAACACCAAGACGUACGGUUUCGACAAGGUGUUCGGGCCCGAGGCCGACCAGACCAUGGUGUUCAACGAGGUUGCAGAGAGCAUGCUCGACGAGGUGCUUGCCGGAUACAACUGCACAAUCUUUGCCUAUGGCCAGACUGGAACUGGAAAAACCCACACGAUGCAGGGUGACCUCACCCCGACGCCUCUCAUGGCUCCCUCGACCGACGCCGGUAUCAUCCCUCGAGUGCUGCAUCGCCUGUUUGAACGGCUCGAGGCACAAGAAGGCGCAGAGUACAGCGUCAAAUGCUCGUACCUUGAGCUGUACAACGAAGACCUGCGCGAUCUCCUCGCACCAGAGUACAAGGACCCCUCCAACGCCGGCUACGCCUCGCAGAUCAAGAUGUUCGAGGACGGAAGCAAGAAGGGUGUGACGGUGCACGGGCUGGAAGAGUGCGGUCUCUUGAGUUUGAAGGACGGUCUAGCUGUGCUCAACCGCGGAAGCCAGCGCCGACAGACUGCCGAAACCAAAAUGAACGACAAGAGUUCGCGCUCGCACUCGAUCUUCACGCUCACCGUCCACGUCAAGGAAACGUCCCAGGACAAAGGCGAGGAUGUGCUGAGAAUCGGCAAGUUCAACCUGGUUGAUCUGGCUGGAUCUGAAGCGAUUGGACGCUCUGGUGCCGAGAACAAGCGCGCACGCGAGGCCGGCAUGAUCAACCAGUCGCUGUUGACGCUCGGACGUGUCAUCUCGGCGCUCGUCGACAAGUCGAGCCACAUUCCCUACCGCGAGUCCAAGCUCACCCGGUUGCUUCAGGACUCGCUCGGCGGACGCACCAAGACCUGCAUUGUCGCCACGGUCAGCCCGACAAAAUCGAACCAGGAGGAGACCCUCUCGACACUCGACUACGCCCUACGUGCACGGUCAAUCAAGAACAAGCCCGAGGUCAACGCCCAUCUCACCAAGGCUGGCUUGCUCAAGGAAUACGUCGGUGACAUUGAGCGCCUCAAGGCCGAACUGUUUUCCGCCCGCGAGAAGAACGGCAUCUACAUUCCCGAUGACCAGUGGCGGGAAAUGUCCGACAAGCAGACACGGCAAAGAUCCGACUAUGACGAAGCGCAGCAGCGUGUGCGUGCGGUCGAGGUUGAACUCAAGACGCGCAAGGCCGAGUUUGAGACCCUGACGUCGAGGUUUGUCACGACGACCGAUGAUCUUGCGACGGCACGCGAGGCAGAGCGACAACUCGGCGAGCUCUUGGAUCAGGCCAAGGUCGACGUCGAGGCCGCACGAGUAGCACUGGAGGAGGAGCGCAUUGUGGCGAACGCGUACGCCGAGGGUGAAGAACGUCUCCACGGUGUUGCGAGCGAGCUUCACUCUGUGGCUGUCGACGGCGUGCGUGAUGUCGGCGGCCUGUUCGACAAGCUUGACCGCGUGGCCGACGUCCUCGACGCCAACUCGGACGCCGCGGGUGGUUUUGGCAACGAGAUGCAGUCGCUCAGCGCCGACCUGAAGCAGAGCAUGGCUCAGCUGCAUUCCGUCCAGAAGGACUUUGGCGGCAUGCUCCGGACGGACAUGAAGGCGUAUGCGAAGCGAGGUGCCGAGGAAUCGCAACUCCACAUGGCCGAGCUCGACGCGACAUUCGCUACAUUUGACGACCUCGCCAAGUCGCUGGCCAAGUCUGUCGAGGGAGGCAAGAUUGACGCGACGGAAGCUAGUGCAGCAAUGCUUGCGGUCCGCGACGAUGUCCAGGCGUCCCUCAAGGCGUGGGCCUCUGGCGUCAGCUCCAAGACCACUAGCACGGUCGAGGAGCUCAUCUCGCAGCACAGAGACAACCUCGACAUGGUCUCCUCUGUGGUUGAGGGAACAACGGCUCUGGUCGCGAAUGUCAUCCACGCGGCGAGGGAGCACGUCGCCACGCAAUCCGCCGCGUUCGCCAGGGCGCAGGAGCUUGCUGCGAGCGCUGCUGCGGCAGAGAUUGCACGCCUCAAGGCAGAAAAGGCUGCCCUUCUCCAGCUCAUGGCCGACGAGCAGGACAAGUCUGCCAAGCUGCGCACGAACCUCAUCGCCAACUUUACCACCAUGAUGAGCGACUUUACGGCCGCGCAGGACACGAGUCUGUCUGCUGCGAUUACCAAGGCAACGAACCGGGUGGAUGUGGGCGUCCGCGAGAUGACCGCGUUCCAGGCGUCGCAUUUGGCUGUGACAGCCGAGGGGGUGCAGCUCGCGGAUGAGUUUGGCGCCGACCUGGAUGACAGAGCCAUGGAUGUGGACCAGCAGGGCCGCGCGGGCAAGAAGGCUAUUGCCGAGGUGUCGUCGGAUUUGGACUCGACAUUGCGGGCGUAUGCCAAGGAGACGGCGUCACAGGCGAGCAAGCAGGUUGCGAGCGUCGACGCGGCGUGCGGGCGUCUGGAAGCCGCGGCAAGCAAGGUCUCGACAUCCGCCUUGUCUCGAGCCCAAAAGCAGGCCGCUCUCGUCUCAUCGCUCAAGCAGAACGCAACGGAGAGCUACGGGCUGUCCAGCGAUUACGUCACAGCCGGCGCCGAGGAGAUCGAGCACCUCACGUCCACGCUGCUGGAAUCUCACGCCGAAUCAUCCGCUACGUCAGCCGACGCACUCGCGACGGCAGAGUCCAAACUCGAGCGCAUCUCGUCUUCCACAUCCCGCUUCCUUGACAACAUUCGCGAGGAUCUGCCGACGGGAAGCACACCACGGAAAAGAGCCUGGGACUUUCCCAACAACUGGGAGCGGACUGAACCACGCGGCAUGCUGCUGGAGCGCAUGCGGAGGCAACGGCGAGCGGUGCCAGAGCCGCGCUUCAGCGGAGUCAGCGAGGCAGCGUCGUCAACACCGACCGCACGCUUGCCACUACGUGAGAGUGCUGAGAGCAGACCCAGCGCGCGUACCAGCCCGGGCCUCACACCUGUAUCGUCGUCUACGUCGAUUGCGAGCCUCGUAAGCGAGGGCACGAGCGUGGCGACAUCGGCUUCUGUGUCGACGUCGGCGAGCCUGGCCUCCCCACCAGUAAGCCUGCCGGCGACCGUGAGCCAACUGCGCGGCCCGCGGAUGCGGCUGAAAAAGGUGGGCUCGGGGGAUGUCCUCGAACCGCCACGACCGCCAAUGAGCGUAUUAGCGGAGGGCGGGAACAUACCGCGGAGCCGGAGGAAGUGA